AUGUCAAGGUGGAAGUUGGGCCAAACAAAUACGAUAAAGGAAGGAGUUCCUGCAAAGGUUCUAUGGUACUUCCCCCCUAUUCCAAGAUUUCAAAGAAUGUUUCGAAAUAAGGAGAUAUCCAAGGAGUUGACUUGGCAUGCUGAUAAAAGACUUCGUGAUGGAUACUUACGUCAUCCAACUGAUGCACCAUCUUGGAAAAUAGUUGAUCACAAGUGGCCAGAUUUUGCUACUGAGUUGAUGUACAAUGUUGACCCAAAGUGGAAGAAUGGUUGUUUGAAAUUAGCAAACAAUAAGUGGCGUCAAUACAAAAGUUAUCUCACUAAGACAUUCAUUUUAAGUAAGCUUGAUAAACCCGAGGAGUUGGAUGAGCCACCUAUUGGCUAUGGUAUUACAAGAGAUACUUGGAGGUCGUUUGUGAUUAGUCGCAUGUCUGAAGACUUCAUGAAACUAAGUGAUCAACAAAAAGAAAGAAGAAAACAACACAUGUAUCCUCAUUGGCUUUCACGUAAAGGAUAUGCACGAUUUGCGGAAGAAAUAUUGGCUCUAAUUCUGAUCAUAAUCUUGAUUGUUCUAGUGUUGAAAUUUGAUGACCAAUUUCUGCGAGAUGGUUACAUUCAACAAAAGAGGGAGGGUAAGUUGAUAAUUGAAGGAACCAAAGAGGAUAUACUUACCAAAGCACUUGACACUGAAGAAUAUAAUGGUCGUGUGAGGGGUAUUGGAGGUCAUAUCACUCCAACAAUAUAUUUCAAUUCUGGUAGAAGAUGGAAGCAUGCUGAUGUAAUCACUGAGCAUAAAAGGGAGCUGAUGGAGGCGAGGAAGAAAAUUUUAGAGCAAGAUGCACGUAUACAAAACCUUGAAGUAAUGGUGUAUAAAAAGGGUACCAUGUGCGAUAAUUCGAUUUAUGACAAAGGCAGUUGCUCAGUAAAGUUGCAACCCAUGAUUGAAGAUGACAUGAAGAACGAUGAUGAUGACCUACAAAUUUUGUGUCAAGCUGAUGUUUUGCAGGGAAAACCAGUUGCAUUGACAUUGGAAUCUAGCACAAAUAUUGUUGCACAUGGUACAAUUGUUUGUGGCAAUGAAUCUGAUAAAAUGCUUCAUGGUGUUCCAUUUCCAAAUAAUUGCAUGCGAGUCUCCAUUGAUGAAGCAGUAGAAAAAUCAGCACCUUUGCCAUAUCCAAUUCCAAGUGAAUUUGAAGUAAUUGGUGAUGCUGUAGGAACCCAUGUGGCUUGGCCAAAACACUUGAUAGUGAACCAAGAUGAGAAGCCUCGAAGGAAGAAGCUUGAACAACCAAAAAAGAAACAUACUUUGUCAACAAGUGCCCCAAGAGCAUUACAUAUGUUAUAUUGUUAUAGUAAGCGUGCUUUAGAUGAUGGCAGAUAUAUAUCAGUGAGUUUUGAUUAUGACGUGUUUGAUGAUGAUUAUGAACUUGUUCUACACCUUGAGGACAUCAUUCCUUUGUAUCAUUUGGAGUCUCUUUCAGGCAAUUGUGUAGUUGGCUACAUAUGGUAUCUUUAUAAAAAACUGUUGAAAGAUAACAAGAAAGAGAAAUUCAGAUUUGUGAAUCCACAUAAAAUCCCAUAUAUGGCAACCAGUGCACAUGACAAAAAAGGUAAGUUUGAAAGGCUAAACCAAAGGGCAAGUCAUUUGGCAGGCAGGCUAAGUGGUGCAUCUGUAGAUCAACUUGUAUUGGUGCCAUGUAAUAUCGGUUUCCAUUGGAUUCUCACUGUUAUUGACCCUUACAAUGAAGUUAUUUAUUUGUUGGAUUCUCUAAGGCACCGCAUUCAUGAUGAGGAUUGGAAAUAUAUAGUGGAAAUGGCCUUAAGAUUGUUUAAUUCAAACAAGGGAAGGAAAGGUAGAAAAAAGGCUAUGUGGGUAAUAGUAAAGGCUCCUCGACAACAAGAUGCCAAACAAUGUGGUUACUAUGUGAUGCAAUUUAUGAGAUAA